AUGGCUUUUCUGUUCAAGACCGUCGCCUGCUUGGCUUUGGUGUCGCUUGUUGCCAGUCAGUACGGUGAGGAGGAUCAUCAUCAUCAUAGUCACCAUGAACACGAUGUUGGCUACUCGUAUGCCAAGUUCAGCGGGCCAGUAAGCGGCCCGGCACAUGAAAUCCAUGUGGAAGAUAAGCAUGGCCACGGGCACGCUAUCGACUACGUUGCGAAGCCGGACUAUCUGUUCGAGUAUGGAGUGGAGGAUCCGAAGAGCAAGGUUUCGCAAAGUCGCAAGGAGCACCGACAUGAGGAUGAGCUGCACGGCGAGUACAGCCUGCACCAGCCCGACGGCAAGCUGCGCACGGUGAAGUACAGCUCGAACAAGCACAGUGGAUUCCAGGCUGAAGUGUUGAUCGAUGGAAAGCCCCUGCACGAAGAGGAACUCGCCAAGCUGGCGCACGAAGCGUCUCAGAACGCGGGAGCUCAGCAUCAGCACCAGCACCAGUUCCACCAUCAGCACCAGGACGAGCACAAGGCGUACGGUGGCGGCGAGCAGCAGCAGCAGACCUACGCCGGUGAAUCGUCCUACGGUGGAGCCGAGGGUGGCGCAUCCUACGGUGGUGAGGAAGAGCAGGAACAGUACUACCAUUAG